AUGGCUAGUGGUGGUAUGACGUCGCGUGGUGUGGAGUGCUGUGGUGGUACUUACAAUGUAGCGCAAAGGGGGCACAUAGCCGAGAGCGUACGAGUGGUCGCCCGCCGCUCGGCCGCGCCGCCGCGCUACCGCCGCAUGGCGCCUCGCCGCCAGCACGCGCGACCAGCUGCCCGCGCGCGACACUUCGCGCCCGCACGCACUUCCACGUGCUCCGAGCCCGCCCGCGCAACCAGUCCACGUAUCCCCACGCCGAACAGUCCGACUGUUGACAAUUCACAACAUCGUCACUAUACUAACAUUCAUCCAGCAAGGCCAUGA